AUGUCUUCAUUCAGUUCUGACGGCAGCGUUGACGAUGACGAUGAUGAAGAUGUACAUUCGAAAAUUUCCGUUAAUAAAUCAGACAUUGGAAUUAAUCAAAAAAAUAAAAAACUUGGCAUGAUGCCAAAAAGUAGUACCAUCAAUUCAGAAAUAGAUGUUACCAAUGUUAAAAAUGUUAUCAGCAGUGAUGAUAAAUAUAAAAGAGAACCAGAUCUAGUGAGUUUACGUUCAUUUGGAAGUGAUUCGAGUCGAAUUUUAAUUGAGAAAUCACAAAAGAAGAAAAGAGGAAAUAAGAAUUUACAUGAAAACAGUGUGAAAUUAUCAGUUUGGAGCGAUAAUGAUGAAGAUCAUGACGAAGAAACAAAGCAAGGAAUGAAGCAAAUUUCUAAAAUUGUAGAUACUGAUGAUGCUGGUUAUGUGACAAAAGAUGAAAAGCCCAAAUACUAUCGUAAAAAAUCUGUAAAAAUUGUGAGUUCAGACACAGGAAAAUAUUCUCAUGAGAAUGCAUUCACAUGCGAAAGCGACUCUGCCAAACCUCAAAAAUCAAACUACAGUUCGAAGACUGUUUCGUACAAGUACCCGAGCACUUUUCACAGAUGUGGCAGCAGUAGAUCGACCUCCAUCAUGUCGCUCAAGUUGCUCGAAUCUCUAGCAAAUCGACUGCCUAGUAGUCUAAGAUCCAUCUCUAGAUACGGAUACGAACCGAGGCUGCUCUCUUGUGGGUCCUCUGAAAGAGAAGGACACAUUUCAAGACAAUCGGAACCACCGAGCAAUCGUCAUCAGCGUCACUCACGUUCAUGUUGUCGCUGCCCUCCGAGAACAAAAACUAUUUCAACCAACUGCGAAAUCUUAAAAUAUUACGAAAAAUCAGAAAAGCCGGUUCAGGCGACUGUCAAGAACAGAUCCGUUUCAUGUCAGAAAUGGGUGGAAACUUCGGAGAAAUCAACCCAGAGACCAAAAAUCAAGCCGAGAAAUGCCUCGAUUCAAACGGCGGUCGCCACAACAAAAGACCACUCGACUCAAGCUGCCAGCAAAAUGCGCAGUCGGAUGACUGAAACAUGUCUGAAGACGCUCAACUCAGCAAACAACGUCGACACAAGAAAUAAUUGGACCCAGUACGAUUUCGGUCCUAACUAUUUUGAAAAUAAUAACAAUGGUAAUAAUUACGGUAAUAGUAAUUAUAUUAUUAGUGAAACCAAAAAUAGUGGAACAAUUUGGGGUAGCAAGGACCUUUACUCGGAUAAUGACAAUAAAAGAUACGACAGUACUAUAAACGUUAACAACUUUCAUAGCAACAACAACAACAUGUGCAACACACUUGAUGCUUACAAUAACGAUAAUUAUAACAACAACAACACAAACGAUUUCAAUAACCGUAAUUUUACUAACAAUACGGACAACGUAAACUACCUCAACAAUUACAACACUAACAAUGGGAACAACAAUAUAAACAGCAACAAUUACAACAACAAUUACGUCGACAGCAGCUACAAUCAAAUAUUGCAACCAAAUUUUGAAGCGCUUUACAUUGGUAACCCGCCAAACCACACGGCAUAUAAUGAUAUAAUUAAAAACAACAACAAUAAUAAUGAUAACAAUAAACCUAAUCAUAAUAUAAAUUAUCAUGGCACCAACGCUUACAUGCCGUUAAACUCUUACGCCGGCCCCCCAAAUGAUGUUACUACCAAUAAAAAUAAUAAUUAUUAUUAUAACAUCAAUGACAUGAAUAUGAAUAAUAAUAUGAACAAUUAUAUGAAUAAUCAAAAUAUUAACAGUAAUUACAUCAAUAACAAGAAUAGCGCUGAAAACGGCGCCAUCUAUAUUGGACACUCUACAAACAUCAACAACGACUUCUACCUCAAGAACAACAACACCAACAACACCAACAACAACAACAACGACUACUACCUCUACAGCAAUGCCGACAACAAUAACAACAACUUGAAUAACGUUAACAACAAUAAUAAUUCUUAUUGUGGUUAUAAUUAUACAUUUGGCAACAACAACGAUAACAACAACAAUAAAAACAACCAUAGCAACAGUAUUUAUUAUCGCUAA